UUCAGUCCCUCGGGACUUCUGCUCGAACCGUGUGACAAGAGGCCAAAUAAUUCUUCUAUAGCGUCGGCGGACGCACAACUUUUGCGCUUUUGGAGAAAUUGUGUUUAGUUCAGAAUUAAGGAAGAGAAGAGGUGAAAUGAUGAGCAUCCAACGGAGGAACUUAAAGAAAUGCUUAGUUGGUUUUCGUUAGACAGUAGAAUGGUAUUAUUUUUGUCAGCACGCCGUAUCGUGAGUAGUACAACAGCUAUCAUCUGAAUAUCUGUCUCAGAUAUUGUCCGACACCUUUAUUAUAUGGUGAUCAAUAGUUCAAACAAAAAGGGGAUGGACAAAACGAAGUAACUCUGUUAACUGACUCUUCAUGGUGCGGCAAUAGUCAUUUGUUUGGAGGUGCUUCGUCAUGGUUGUUGAGAGGACUCUUCUCGCAGCGAGGCAAGGGGAUGUGCAAACUUUGAAAGUGCAAUUGGCGGAGAAUGUACUCAACAGCGAUGUGAAAGACGUGCUGGGAGCGACCCCCGUACACCACGCCGCUCGGGCAGGAAAGCUCACCUGUCUGCGGUACUUGGUAGAGGAAGCUGGCUUACCUGCGAACAGCCUGGCUAGAAAUGGUGCAAGUCCUGCGCACGACGCAGCAGCCACAGGCAACCUGACCUGCUUACAGUGGCUUGUGACGCAUGGAGGAUGUCGAGCGGCCGAUAAAGACAGCUCAGGAGCCACUGUCUUGCACCUGGCUUCUCGCUUCAGCCAUCAUGAGAUCAUUGAUUGGUUGCUGAAGAGUGGAGAGGGGGAUCCUACUGUUGCCACGGAAACGGGGGCGCUGCCUGUUCACUAUGCUGCAGCUAAAGGGGACUUGCCCUCGCUCAGGCUGCUAUUGGAACACAGCCCAAACGUUGUCAAUUUCCAAACCAAGAAUGGUGCCACACCGCUAUACCUUGCAUGUCAGGAGGGUCACCAGGAAGUUGUCCAGUACCUAGUGAAGGACUGUGGGGCGGAGCCAAGUAUCAGAGCCAAUGAUGGGAUGACACCACUGCACGCCGCUGCCCAGAUGGGACACAACACUGUCAUUGUCUGGCUGAUGAGUUUCACAGAGAUCAGUCUGUCUGACAGAGAUAAUGAUGGAGCCACUGCCAUGCACUUUGCUGCAAGCCGCGGCCAUGCCAAGGUCCUCAGCUGGCUCCUACUGCACGGUGGGGAGAUUGUGACUGACAGCUGGGAAGGGACGCCGCUGCAUGACGCCGCUGAGAAUGGAGAGCUGGAGUGCUGUCAGAUUCUAGUGGUGAAUGGAGUGGAUCUGGGCAUCCGAGACCAGGAUGGAUUCUCAGCAGCAGAUCUGGCUGAAUACAAUGGGCAUCAACAGUGUGCCAAGUACCUCCGCACAGUCGAAAACAUGAGUGUGGAGCACCGCGUUUUGUCCCGGGACCCUUCCGCAGAUCUGGAGAAUAAGCAGCCUGACUCAGGCCUGUCCUCUCCCAAUGCCACCCUGUCCAUAGCGGCCCCCCUGGCAGCCCACUUUGACAUCUGCUCGCCCUCCAGCUCACUGUCCAAUUACGAUUCGGCAAACUCCAGCCAGUCCAGCACUGGAGAGAAGAGGAGCAGCACACCUCCCUCACGAACACCUACAGGAGCUGCGGAUUCGGCCAUCACAGACAUGCAAACUUAUAUGGACAUGUUGAAUCCUGACACUCAGAAUGCGACAGAACCUGCACACCUGCCGCCACCUCCGACGUCCCCACCCCCACCUCCAUCGAUCUCCUCCCACAUUCCACCUCCCCAACCCACAUUCCCCCCACCCACACCACCUGAGGAGGAGGCCUCUGCCGAGUACCUGAAGGUGAAGAGAAACCUUCGAAGAGUGGACAAUGACAUAGUAAAAAGAGAGCAGUUGAAUCCUGGGGAAAACCCUGACAGACUUCGUAGAGUCGACUCGAACCGUAAAUCUCGUAGCUUCAGCAAGCAGCCCAGUACUGGGGAUUACUACAAGGCUCUGGGUAGCGAUACCACAGACCAGCGCCCCAACAGAGCCAUGGCACCCAAUGAGGAGGGUUCUGCAAUGUUGGAUGAACCGGCAGACACAGCCCCUGCUCCUCAGAACAGCACAGGAAAUACUGACGAUCUACCCCUUCCUCCUCCUCCUCCUCCUCCUCCUCUACCUGCCAGCAGCUCAAUCCCAACUCCACCUCCACCUCCACCUCUCCUCCCAGAGGUGCCGGCUCCUCCACCUCCACCCCCUCCCACAAACACAAGCACCAACACCACACCGCCCCCCCCCCAGCGCCACAUGUCUGGGUCCUCCAACAAAGGGGAUCUGUCCUCUACGCAUCUGUCUCCCUCUGUCACCCCUGCUCCAGAAUCACUCCGCCAGAGGAAAAGCAAUAAAUCCUUCAACAUGAUGUCCCCCGCCGGAGAUAAUUCUGAUCUUCUGGCCGAAAUUAAAGCUGGGAAGUGUCUAAAGCCGACGCCUCAGAAUAAAGGCUACACGACUGUCUUCUCAAACAGCAGCACAGCAGAGAGCAACGGGGAACGUCCAACAUCGCCGCCACAGCCUCUGCCAAAACCACAACUCAAUGACACCCAGUUCACAAAGCCAGAAUCUCCACCGACCAACAGCCCACCAACACCUCCCACUCCCACGGCCAGCAGUGGGUCGCCCCAGAAUCUUUCCACAUCACAGAGCAAUGAGCAGCUCACACCUGCCGUCAAUGGAAAUACUGUACCAGUCCAGAAGUCCAGUGUGGUGGAUGCGGAGAGUCUGGUGCCCACCCAUGAUGAGCAGGGACGACCCAUCCCAGAAUGGAAGAGACAGGUGAUGGUGAGGAAGUUACAGGUGAAGAUGCAGGAGGAGGAGGAGAGCAAGAAGAAGGCUGAAGAAAAUGAGGCCCGUCUGGCUUCCUUACCUGCUUGGAGGAGAGAUAUCAUGAAGAAAAAGUUGGAUGAAGAGAAGGUGGACAGAGAACAGAAAAGAAAAGAGGAGGAGCAGCGGCAAAUGGAGAAGGCGAAUGAGCAGAAGUCAGAACUUGAGCGACUACGAACGCUAGGCUAUGAUGAAACCAAGCUGGCACCGUGGCAACGGCAGAUCAUUUUAAAGAAAGGCGAUAUAGUGAAACAGUAGAGUUCACACUCCCAGUCAUUCUCAUCCACAUCUGUGCAACUUUCUGCUGACGUACAAAUGUACGACACUGCACAUUCACAAUCUGCAAGACCCCUUUAGAUGGGUCACCAGACAGCGUUCUGGUUGCUUGACCAUCAUCAUCAUCAUUACCAAUUCUUCAAAGCUCUGAUGAUACAUAGUACAGUUAAAUAAAUAAAAAAAUAUUUGAUUGUGGUUGAGUCAUAUUCCUUUGAUUAGUUAGCAUCCUAAUAACAGUAAGUUUGUAAAUUAUUUUGCAGAAAAUAUUUUUAGUACUCCUCACCAAAUCCUUUGGCUUUACAGUAGUAUUUUUAUAUCUAGAUAGAUAAUUUAUGUCAAUGAAUUAACAUUUACUAUGCUUUUUCUUAGUACCUCAUGUGGACCCCACUGCACACACACGUGAAAGUAACGUUCUUUUUCUACAGCUAUUUUUAUUGAGACAAAAACAUAGAAAUCAUAAGUCUCUUAAAAAUAAUAAUAAUCAUAAUGAUAUACGUCAUAAUGAGCUACAAUGCUGGGCUGCAAUUCCCUAUAUGAUCCAGAAGGUGGCAUCAGAAUUCCUUCUCAUAAUUACCCAGAGUAAGUCUUCACAGAUAAACCUAUCCACUGCCAGAUAUUUUUCUCUGUCAUAAUAGGAUAACAGAAGCCAAUGUCUUAAAUAGUCAACUAAAUAUUAAAUAUUGCAUCUGAUGUUCUAAUCAUAAUUGCUCAAUUAUCUUCUUUAUGAUAUCAUUGUAUUCAACCAUGCUGUAAUCCCAAAAAGGAAGCUAUUCACAGAUAUUUUGGGAUAUAAAAAACAUAAUUAUUUGUCAUAACUUUUUCUUUCUCUGCUUGGCUGUCAUAGACUGUGUGCUAUUGUUCAUAUAUUUAGAGUAACUAGACCUCAGAAAAGUGCCGAUAUGGAUCUGUAUGUAUGUGCGUGUAUGAGAGACAGAGUAUAUACAUGUAAUUCGUCUGUCUUGUGUCAUUCACUGUGCAAUGGGUAGAAUUGAUGUAUUUUCGAGUGUUUAUUUUCUUUAUAACUGUAAAUAAUAAUAAUUAUAGUAACAUAAGUAUAAGAGAUAUGCAUGGUCCUUCUUGGGUUUGGAAACAUUCAGAUGCCAUAAUGAUAUUGAAAAACACAGAUGUGAAUGUCAUUGCCAAUAUAAGAUUUUCUAUUCAUAAUGAUUCAAUAUAAUUGUAUGGAUUAACCCUUACUAUAAUAAUAUAUGAUGGUCACUUAUAUGUUUUCCUGGUUUCAGCCGGGCUUGUAGGGGCAUUCUUGUAAUUUUCCCAU